AUAAUUGGGGUAUUAGGGGCGUUAUUCACUAAUUCGGGGAAUAAUGAUCUACGGAGCACCGGGUUCAAAUCUUUCCUAACUAGCCGAUUACAUUUUAAUCAUAUAACACGAGCCGUCUCUCAGCAGCUGUAUACUGGAAUGUGUUAGCUCAACCUUCGCAGCAACAAUGGCGUUUAGAGCGGCGAUGCUAAGAAGCGCUGGGGUAACAUGUGGUGCUCGUUAGGGCUCAGGAGGUCAACUCACGCCAUCGCCCAAUCUGCACCGCUUGAUAGUCCAAUCAACGACCCUAUGACCAUAUCACCACAUUUGAUUUUGCCUGAAUUCGAUCUAAACUCUGAGAACAGAAACAUCGAAUUCGGAUUCCCGAGUUUCUCUUUCGGAUAUGGAUCAAUGGAGCUCAUGGCCGUUCCGAAGAAGAAGGUUUUUCCCCAUAAGUGAGGCAUAAGAAAUGGACCGAAGGCUCUCAAACAUAUUCCAGUGAUUAUCCGUUGCAAGAGUUGCGGUCGGGUCAAGGUACCACACUUCUUCUGUUGCAGUGGAGAUAGAGGAAACACAGGUGGACAGAAUGGUUCAACCAGUUGAAUCUUGGCUUGUCCAACUUGGGAAGUUCAUGAAAUAUCAAAAUUUUGGCUAAGGUGAAGUCAUAACAUUCCUCUGAAGGAGAGAAGAAAUUUUAAAAUUUCUCCUCAAGGUAUAUUCAUUCAAACACUCUCUGUGAUGUCAGAAGUCGUCGAUUAGGUUGAACUUAAAAUUCUCAUUUUCAUCCAAAGAUUCAUUAGCUCCACUUAAGAUUGUAAUUGACUUUUAACCUUUCAAAAAAAAAAAAUGUUGAAGGUUCAAAUUACAGAAUUCUUACCAACGUUUGUACUAAUACUAUUAAGAGUUAAAAUGGUGAAGGUUCAAAAUACAGAAUUCUUACCAACUUUUGUACUAAUAAUAUUAAGAGUUGAAUUUUAAGUAUUAAAGUUUUUUAGUAGUAAUUAAAAAUAAAUAUUUUUUAAUAUCUUUUAAAAAUCUGAGUGAUAUUCAAUUUUUGUUAUCAAAGAAGCACUUAGAAUUAAGUGCUAAAUUAAAUUAUCAAACACCACCAAACAUUUUGACAAAUCACUUAAAUAAACCUUCUAGCUGAAAUUUAUUUAUUUAUUUUUUUUUGAAUAAUUGUUCAAUUUAUGUGAGUUAAGAGAAAAUGCAUAUAAGGAUGCUAAUUUAACACGUGCCGUUUAGCCCCUAUUGGAUGGAAAUGGGUAAAUCCUAAUUUGAUUUAGGGUCGAGUUUGGAAAGAGAGUUUAAAACACGUAAAUACCCCGAUUAAUAAUUAAUAUAUAAAAAAUAUUAUUUUAUUAACUAUAUCUUUUAUUUUCUUAUAAUAAUGUUAAUUUUAACAAUAUUUUUGUCACUAUGAUGGUUAGAUAUUUGACUAUACUCCAAAAAAAAAAAAAAAAAAAAAAAAAAAACCUACAAAAAUUAUGUUAAAUUUCGAAAUGUUUUUCAUAAAAAAUAUGUAAUGGCACCCGAAUUGAAUUUGAGAGAUAAUUUUCAUUGGAAGAGAGUUUGAAAAAAAACGUGUCUCGUCCCAAAUCCGCGACAUCCUAAAUGCAUAUGCAAAUCUCUCACGGGGAUUUGAUUUAGUUCUAGAAUGGCUCAUGGUCAAACAAAUCUGGCCGUAAGUCCUAUGAUCGAAUGGCCAAAAUUGAUCCAAUAUUUCCCCAACUUGACCUAGCCCAUUUCACUGUACCAUCUCACGUGCCUUGUUCCACAUCACGUGAUUGACCUUUGUCCGUAUUACGCAUUCCAGUUGCGUUCGAAGAAAUUUCCGACCCUAAGACCAAAAUAUUAAUUAAUAAAAAAAGAAGAAGAAUUUUCAGCGAUGGAGGGUUUAAGCAGAGGUUUAUAAGAGAGUCGGCCAUGGGAGACCUAUUGUCCACACCUUCAACAAGCCCUAUCGAUUCGACGCCGAAUACCACAAACAUGGCUUCCUCCCAGACUUCACAAACCCUAGAUUCAAAACCUGAGGAGACCAAAACCCUAGAUACCCAAACCCCAGCACAUCAAUCUUCAGAUCCCCCACCCGCGGAACAAAACGAAACCCUAGAAAAUCAAGAACGGCAGAAUGUAGAAGAAGGAGGUGUGGAAGGCGAAGAGGAAGAAGAAGGGGAGUGUGGGUUUUGCUUGUUCAUGAAAGGAGGUGGAUGCAAAGACAGUUUCGUUGCUUGGGAGAAGUGCAUCGAAGAGGCCGAAAAGAACAAGGAGGACAUUGUCGACAAGUGUUUCGAGUUGACCGGAAAAUUGAAGGAGUGUAUGGAGGCUCAUCCCGAUUACUACGGGCCGAUUCUGGAGGCCGAGAAGGCGGUGGAGGAGGAGGCCAUGAGGGAAUUGGAGAAAGAGAAAGCAAAAGAAGCUGCGGCCGAGGCAGAGGCCUUGGGAUCGAAGGGGUCGGAGCAGAAUUCAGCAGAGGGGUCUUGAUUUUGGGACCUAAAGAAGAAAUUUUGUUGAUUUUGCUUUGGAUGAGUGAAGAGGAAAUUUCGGAGCUGCUUUUUUUAAUAAGGUGUAAACAUUUGAGGUAAUGUGGACUUUAAUAUACUGGAAUUUCUAAAAUAAACGAGCAAUCACACAUUGAUUUAUUUUGUGAUGACAAUGAAAUGAUAUUAUGUUCUUCUAA